GGAAGCUUUUACAUUGUUGUUAUUGGUAGUGAAAGGUCGUCUGUCUGAGGCUGCGAAACGUACAGGAAGGCUUUUCAUACUGCAGAAUUGCUCGUUGAUUAGGGAGGGCAGUGAUACCAUGUGGAAGUCACAUGAACGACGAGGAUGAGGGAUAAACAAGGGGGCAGCCUGACGACAGAGCCGCUGCAACUCAGUGUCAACAGGGGGAGGAGGGUGGACCUGGUGCUUGUACAAAGAUCCCACACACAAGCAGGACCCCUGUGGCACUUUUCCCCUUGAACGGUAAUUAGAAUGAACAGCACUACCACUCAGCCUCCUGCCCACAAAGAUGGGGGUGUGCCGGUGAGCUAUGUGCUGGUGCCACUCCUCCUUAUAACUAUUGCUGGAAUUGCUACAGCUUUGAUUGUGUAUCUACGCAGGAAAAGGAGAGUCGACAGACUUCGCCAUCAGCUGUUACCUGUUUACACGUAUGAUCCUGCAGAGGAGCUUCACGAGGCUGAACAGGAGCUUUUGUGGAGAGAAGAGGACACAAGGAUCCUGCAAGGCUGGGCGAGGAGCUACCAACAGCAUCAACCUCUCCUGACCAAAGAUGUGACUGCUUGAUGACACACCCUGGCACAGGGUACUGAGGAGUGAGAAGACUACCUUAAGAUUCAAAGAUUGGCCCCUUCUUUAAACUCGUCUAACGCUUUGCUCUAAUUUGCUCCUGUUGCCGUUAUCUCAGAUUACAUCUGCAAUUUCAGAGCCAAAGAGAUGAAUUACUUGUGACUUAUUUAUUUGAAAUUAUUUACAAGUGCAGGCCAUUUAUUUAUUGAGACAACACAUUUUUACUGUUGUACUCGGUGGCACCAAAGUCCUGGUGGAAGGUGGAAGACAACAUCUCUUGUGCAUUUGGUGCUUUGUUUACAUUCUUAUUGCUGUUGUGGGCAGCUUGUGGCAAGCAGCGCUGUUCCUGUGGGUGGCAGUAGGCAUUUGUACUGAUCAUAACUUGCUGCCUACGUAUGCUGUGGUAAGGCUGUGAAUGUUGUCUACUAGUUACACAUCAGCGCUCAUGUCUGCCAUGUGCAGAGGUUGUUUGCAGAUCAUCAGCAGCUACUUUGAUAAAAAGCUCUAACGACUCGAUAACAAACACAAAGCCUCAUAUUGAUCAAGUGAAAAUUAGCUACCAACUAUAAAGUCAGCUUGUUUAAAUUUCAGUUUCAUUUUGAGUCAAACGCCUGAAUGUCCUUUCGUUGUGUUGCUUUGAACUGCUGCCUUGGAAUGCACAUCUUUUUUCUCUUUUUUUUUACUCUUUUGCCAAAUCCUGUGACUCUUAACAAUGGCAUGAAAUGCAAGAAUCAGGAGCCAAUAACACCAGCUUCCUCCCAGCUCUUAAAUGAGUUGUGACUAGAUCUGAAAAUAUGUCCUGUCUUCGAGGCAUGGCACCAGAAAAUUUACUUCUGGCUGAUUAAUCUGCUCAGAUGAAUUCCAUACGUCUGACUGUUUUCAGCACUCAAGAAACCUUUUACAGAUUAUAAACUUUUUUUUUGCAUUGCAUUUGGUGAAUGUAAACCAAGCUGCGGGUCUGUCCGUGUUUAUGAAAGGCUUCACAGUUCUGGUAUUUAGAGCCUUUACAUUCAUUUUCCGUGCUUGUUAGGUUUAAUCAUACAAAAACCAUAAAUGUACCACUCAUAAUUAAAGAUGUUCAAAUAUUUUAUCUGGAAUUACUUUUGCAGUUGAGAUUCCCACUUCAGGUGUCAAUUUAAGUCAAUUAACUAUUGCUGUAAAUGUAAUUUUGGGAUUCUUUACCUCUCCUUGAAAGAAGAUAUAUGGGUGCAUCUCAGCAGAUACGUAUUGAAAAUUUCAGUCAUGUCAUCAAAGAGAUUAGUUAGACAUUGGAGAUCAGAAUAUUGCAUUGGUGUGGGCCAUAUGAGAAUUUUAGAUCAUGAAGAUAAAAUGGUUACUGGUUUGGAUGAAUACUAUUGUAUAAGUUAAGGUUGCUGAAAAUGAAAUUGUCGUUACAAACAUAUGCAGUUGCUGCAGGCGCUAGCAUAAGGCAAAGAACAGAAUGCAGGAGUAUUUCACCAACUGAAGAGCUACAGUUGUGUUCAAAAUAAUAGCAGUGUGUUUAAAAAUGUGAGUAAAGCUCAAAAUACUUCUAAUAGUUUUUAUUUCCAUGUACUGGGAACACUGCACAUUAUAUUCUAAAUCAAACUGUGAAGAAAGAAAAAUGAACAUUGAGCUCUGUAACAAAAUAGCAGUGACUGUAUUUUUCUUUACAAACUCUAAUUUUUACAGAAUGAACUGAAAAAUGUUUUGGAUUUAUGAUUCCUGUAAAUCAUUAAACCAAUAUGUAGUUUUAUAGCCGCUGUUUCUGAGAACUGCUUAACAUCUGAGUUGCAUAGAGUUAAACAUCUAUCACCUGUGAACAGGUAUUCCAGCCCAGGAUGAUGUGACACUCCACAAUUCCUCUGCAAUUCUUGGUUUCGCCUCAGAAACUGCAUUUCUGAGGUCGCCCCAGAGGUUUUCAAUCAAAUUAAGGUCCGGGAAUCAGGAUGGCCUUUCUAUAACUGAUUUUGUUGGUCUGGAACCAAGAUGCUGCUCUCGUACUGGUGUGUUUGGGGUCGCUGUCUUGUUGAAACACCCAUUUUAAUGGCACUUCAUCUUAAGCAUAAGGCAACAUGACCUUUUCAAGUAUUUAGAAAAUUUAUGCAAACUGAUGUACAAUCCCUUGUAUGUGAUAAAUAUGCCCGACACCAUAGUGAGUAAAACAUCCCCAUACCAUGAUGCUUGAACCACCAUGAUUCAGUCUUCAGAGUGUAGUGUGGCUUCAGUUCAGAGUUGGGAGGUCAUCUGAUAAACUGUCUGCUGCCCUUGGACCCAAAGAGAAUAAUUUUUAAUCAGUCCAUAAAAUGUUUUAUUUCUCUUGAUAUGUUCUUUUGCAAACUGCAUCCUCUUCAGUCCAUUUUAACAGUGGGACUUUGCCAACAGAUUAGCUUCACACAGCCUCGUUCUAGUUAUCACAGUACUCACCGAUAACUUCUAACCUUCUUUGAUCAACCUGGAGCUGAUCAUUCGUUGGGUUUUUGCUACUCUUUAAAUUAAAAUUAAAGUGUGGUGACUUUCUUUUAUUUUUGUUCCAUGUCUUUCUGGUUAUGCUUUCCAUUUUAAAGCAUUGGAGAUCACUUUCUGGACCCUCUCCAAUCAAUGUCUUAAUUGAAGUACGCUGUUCGUUCUGAACAAUGCCUGAUACGACCCAUUUUUGUCCGGUGGCAGUGAGAAAUGUACAUGUGCUGCUGUCAUCCUUCCUGAAUGACACCAGUUUCUUUACAGAAUGAAUGACCACAGUAAUUGAACUCCCCUCUGCUAUUAUUUUGAACACAACUUUCAUGUAUUCUGUUACAGACUCAGGGGCAUGCAUAUAAAUGUUAGUUCUGUUGGUUUUCCAUGACUCUACUACAUGUACUAGUAAAUUAUUUUCAAUAUGAUCUCAGUCAUUUUCUACUGCUUAUCUCCAGCACUCUAUGGGCAGGAGGCAGGGUACAGGGUACACUCUGGACAGGUUGCCUGUCCAUCGCAGGUAGGACUGUGAUGAUAUAUGAUCCCUACCAGUUGGACUGUUAUUUGAACACAACGGUACAAGUGUUUAACGUGGCUGUACAUUGGACUUGUAACUACACAAGGAAGGCUUUAAGAGGUUUUACACCCCAAAAGACUGCUGUUCAAGAAACUGGCUGCUCAUUGUGUUAAAGCACAAAAAAAUGGAAAGGUGAGUGGAAGGAAAAACUGGUAUAAAGUUUAAGGUUUCAUUAGCAGGAAGCCAUAUUCCUUUAAAGUAAGAGUAAUUAAUCUAAUGAUUUCAGAUUUAGAAGUCAUCUUGUGAUAGAAAUUAUUGGGAUGCACCUGUACUUUUGCUUUGAGAGUUUAUGCUGUUGCUUAAAAAAAUAAAGUAAUACAACCUG